CCAGUUCGAAGCACAUCCGCCAGCUGCUCUCCCAAAGCAGAAAGAGGGAAACAAUGCAUCCGACCUCGACCCCCACUGCGUCACCUCAAUUGUACAUACGUAGCUACAUACAUGCACUGUUGAAGAAGAUACAUCUCGCCAUCGCUAUCACCAUCGCUAUUGUCAUCGCCAUCAGCAGCCGUAUCGUAGAAAUCAAAACAAAACACGGAGAAUAAAAGAAAAAGAAGAGAAGGCUCACUGCUGCUCGCGUCAGUAUUACGCGCACAUGCAAAGCCCCUCUCCUCUUCCAGGGAUUCCGUGAUUGCUUGAUUGACAUCGGCUUGUAUCGCUUGGCGCCAUCCAAUCCUCGCGCCAGGGAAUUUGACAAGCAACACGCAGACCGACAUGCCAAAAGCUACACUAGCGCCACCACUCACUCUCUGGGCUGGCUGCCCGUGGGCCGGCUCCGUCUCUGCCUCCGUCCAUCCAUCCAUCAUCGAGAGAGAGAGGGAGGGAUCAAAAUUCUUGACAUCUCAUUUCCAUUGCACUUGCACCGCCUUUGCCCUCGGGUCAAUCAAGCGCACGCCUCGAGAGUCACGACAUCAGUCAGCGGACACUGCUUGGCCCGGGACCGAGGACAUCUCUGAUUGGCUGGCAGCUGGCUGUUGUGCCGCCAUUCAUUUGAAAGUGGCGGGCCGUCAAGCACCACCACCGGGCCGAGAAGCGAGAGGCAGCGAAUGACAGCGAAUGACAGCGAAUGACAGCGAUUGGCAACAGCCGGCCAAGCCGCAAAAGACUUUUUUUCUUUUUCCAGUGAUGCACUGAUGGCGGAUGGCACAGAAGAAACCUGAUCAGAUCAGUCAGUCAACCAUGCACCAGUGGACGAUUACACCGAAUCUCCCCCCCGGGUCGGAGUACCUCUACUCCAACUCCACCAACCACCCGAAUGAGCUCCAGCACCCGUCUCAUUAUCCUCCUCAGCAGCCCGACAUGACUCGGCGCGACCAGCAGCAGCAGCAGCAGCAGCAGCAGCAGCAACAACAGCAGCAGCAGCAGUUGGACUUUCGGGGAUAUGCUCAGCCACCACAGCAGGCCGCCCAACAACAACAGCAUGCUGCCCAUCAGCAGCACCCUCAACAUCCGCAACAACACCAUGCUGCUCCGCCGGUCCAGCAGUCCAUGGGCCAUGCUCAACAGCCGCAGGCUCCACCUCCCCAGCAGCAGACCCCCACCCCGGCCCCUGCGCCGGCUCCGUCGAGACGGAAGCGGCCCCAGACCGGCGGUCACCCCCCGGCCCAUCCUCCGCCGCACGCGCCCCAGCUGAGUGCUCAGCAUGCUCAGCACCCACAACAUGCUGCUCCGCCCCCAGACGAUGUGACACCUGCUCCACCCCCACCUCCGGCAAAGAAGAGCCGGACAAACACGCCGUGGACGCCGGCGGAGGAGCUUCGGCUGAAGCAGAUGCGUGAUGCCGGUAACAGUUGGGCAGAAAUUGCCAAGACCUUUCCCGCCCGCACAGAGGGUAGUGUGAAGAAGCAUUGGUAUAAGGAUAUGCACUAUGCUGAAUUUGCAGAGGAUGAGUCCGCGGCGUUGAUGAGUGCCAUCAAGGAGUACGAAAACAACAAAUGGAAGGUCAUUGGGCAGAAGGUUGGCAAGCCGGCCAAGGCCUGUGAACAAUACGCAAAGGAGCAUUUCCCAGAGCUGUUUGCGAACCAAAAGAGAUGAUGCAUUUGCCGGCUUCUUUUUCCUAAUACGACCGCUCAAAUCGCUACAAGAAGCAAGGCACCCAGCCGCCUUUGAUACCCGGUGGGAUUCUGCAGGCCUGGUGGAGGCUUUUUUUUAUGCGAGUCUGUUGCGUAAAGCAGCGCCAUGCGUUUGUUAUUCUGUGGAUAUAUAUCUCUCUUGACACGUGAGACCGGUGGUCCUUUUCCCGAAUAUUGCACAUUUUCAGGAAAGGCGCCUGGCGUGGAACACACAAAAUUCGACUUUGGCCCUGGGCAUUUUAAUCGGCGCUGCCUUUUCCGACACGCGUUUCAGUCUUUUUUUUUCCUGUUUGGUUAGGAAAUGGGGGCCCACUGGGCACAUCGAUGCUUUAUUGCCUUCAACUUGCAGCUAUAUUCCCCUGGGAUGUUUUUCUCGCGUCAGUAGCGUGUUUUUUUUUUUUAACGACGGAUUUGCUCUGGAUUGGGCCUGGCAGGGAUUUUUCGCAUUGUUGAGUGUGUGUCUAACGAUGGCGACAUGGGCCCGUUCUUUUCCCUCCGGCAAGGAGGAGGGAAUGGAGGGAACACGAAUACAGAUUCUUCAACCUCGCCUUGUUCGACUCGUGUUGGAUGUGUCUUGGUUUUGACAGAACCCGGGCUGUUUAUCUCUUCGCGGUAGGCAUCUUGGUUUGCUCCACCAUGACCUUAUUAAGCAGAUCGAACUAUUCAAGUAAAGGGUGGGCAAAUGCCUUGUCGAGAUCUUCUCAGCUUGUGACGAUCAAGGGAUGCUGCUGAUGGAGAUGCUCGGGGUACAUCACCCAUCCCACGCAAGCCGAUGGAGAACACAUAUCUCAUCUUGACCAUGUGAACUAGGCAGACCAGACUGCUGUGUCAAUGAUCAAUCAUGUGUGUAAAAAUUCAGAUAUUUAGUUGACCUCUCG